AUGUCCGUUCAGGCCUUCGAGUUCUCCAGUAGCAUUCUGAGCCCCAAGUAUGUCGGACUGUCACCGUUCCGCGCGCCCAAAGAGUCGCGGCUCGACACGAGUCCGCCUGGGGUUCUAUCUUCCAUGUGCGAGUACACAAUGUGCGCGAAGCGCGCACUCAACACGCGCAUCAUCGGAUUUGCUGAGCCGACGCUGCAGCAGUGCAUCGAGGAGUUCGCACGCGCUUUAAAGGCCAGCACGUUUAUACAAGACAAGGACGCGACGUCGGCGUUGCUGCGGCAGAGGCGGGGCACCGUCGACCCGUCGCAGCUGCCGUGGUCGCCGAGACCCGAGUAUCUGGCGUGGCUGCGAGCCCAGGGCCGCCUUGAAGAGACCGUGUCGUUAUAG